UUCGGUUUUCUAAGCAUUCGCUUCCUCUCUUUCCUCAUCCACUAUUUCUCUCCGUUUUCUGGCCCCUGCCGGAAAACCCCUUCCGUCCGCCGGAAAACCGCUUUCGUUUCGGCGACUUUUUUCCGCGUCUCCAGAGGAAGCUUAUAUCGGUCUUCUUAUUGGUACGUUUGCAUUCUCUCGCAAAUUGCUGUUGCAGAUUCUACGAGGCCUUGGAUCUCUCCGAGACGCGGUUUCUGCGUUGUAUUCGGCGUUCUUCGAGAAUGUGGCGAGCCUGGUUGUCCUCUGAGGCUCUCUCUUAAUCCGCAGCCUUCGGGAUCGUGUUUUAGGGUUUGGAUUUGGAUUCUGUGUUUGGUAAUUGUUUUCUGGCGAUUCCUUGUUCUAGUUAACGAAGACGGAGGCCUACAGGGAGCGACUUCGUAAUGAAAUGGCUUCAGAGAGUGGUAUGCAAUUGAUGCUCUUAAGGGAUGCGUAAAGGUGGAAAGAAGAGUGACUUUGUCUAAAGAAGUUAGAAAUGGGUUAGAAUUUCUGAGGCGUAAAAGGCUUCAGCGUGCAAAAUCUGUCACUUCCACCCAGACAAAUAUUGCUAACAUGAUGAACAGAAGUGGAGGAGAUGCUUUAAGAGCUUCAACAUCAUGUGGCAUGAGAUUGCAUGGUAAUGCUGAUGUCUUUUCCAAGCGCAAGGUGGAUAAGUUUGAUACAAAUGACCUGGAAUGGACUGAUAAAAUUCAAGAUUGUCCUGUGUAUUCUCCAACCAAGGAGGAAUUUGAGGAUCCUUUGAUUUAUUUGCAGAAGAUAGCUCCAGAAGCUUCUAAAUAUGGUAUUUGCAAGAUUAUAUCUCCUUUGAGUGCUUCAGUACCUGCUGGUGUUGUUUUAAUGAAGGAGAAAGCAGGAUUCAAGUUUACAACUAGAGUGCAGCCGCUUCGCCUUGCUGAAUGGGAUACUGAAGACAAAGUCACAUUCUUUAUGAGCGGAAGAACUUAUACAUUUCGCGAUUUUGAGAAAAUGGCAAACAAGGUAUUUGCACAAAGAUAUUGCAGUGCUGGAAGUCUUCCUGCCACAUACUUGGAAAAAGAGUUUUGGCAUGAAAUUAGCUGUGGGAAGAUGGAAUCUGUUGAAUAUGCGUGUGAUGUUGAUGGAAGUGCCUUUUCAUCUUCUCCCACUGACCAGCUUGGGACCAGCAAAUGGAAUUUGAAGAAACUUUCAAGGUUGUCCAAAUCAAUUUUACGGCUCUUGGAAACAUCAAUUCCGGGAGUUACGGAACCCAUGCUAUACAUUGGAAUGCUGUUUAGUAUGUUCGCUUGGCAUGUGGAAGAUCAUUAUUUGUACAGCAUUAACUAUCACCAUUGUGGGGCAUCAAAAACAUGGUACGGUAUUCCAGGUCAUGCAGCUUUGGAUUUUGAAAGGGUGGUGAGAGAACAUGUGUACACUAAUGAUAUUUUGUCAAGUGAUGGGGAAGAUGGAGCCUUUGAUGUUCUCCUGGGGAAAACAACACUAUUUCCACCAAAUAUUUUAUUGGAGCAUGAAGUUCCUGUCUACAAGGCUGUUCAAAAGCCAGGGGAGUUUGUAAUAACCUUCCCUAGGGCAUAUCAUGCUGGCUUCAGUCAUGGUUUCAACUGUGGAGAAGCAGUGAAUUUUGCCAUUGGUGACUGGUUUCCUUUAGGAGCUAUUGCUAGCAGAAGAUAUGCUCUUCUUAACAGGCUUCCUUUACUGCCCCAUGAAGAACUUCUAUGCAAAGAAGCAAUGCUUCUUCAUACAUGCUUGGAACUUGAAGAUUCAGACCUUCCCUCUUCAGACUUGUUUUCGCAAAAUAGCAUUAAGGUUUCAUUUGCUAACUUGAUGCGUUUCCAGCAUUGUGCUCGGUGGUUCUUGAUGAAAUCAAGGUCAUGUAUAGGCGUCUCUGCUCAUAACCAUGGCACCAUUCUCUGUAGCCUAUGCAAACGUGAUUGUUACAUAGCUUACGUUGACUGCAACUGUCACAUGCAUCCUGUAUGCCUACGUCAUGAUGUUGAUUCUCUUGACUUCAUCUGUGGGGGCAAGCAUACACUUUAUUUGAGGGAGGAUAUUAUGGAUAUGGAAACUGCAGCCAAGAUGUUUGAGCAGGAAGAUGAAAUAUUGGAUGAGAUAAGUGACCAAAACAUGUAUGCAUAUCCUUUGUCAAAUAUGUUUCAGAGAGCCAAGGCACAUGGAUACACACCUUAUUGUGAGCUAAAACUUGAUUCUGUAAUUGAAUUUUAUACAACUCCAGAGCACUCAACAAAUAAUCAAGAGUGCAGUACGCAAAGUCAAUCUGGCUUGGGACAUUGCUCUGAAAAUCAUAAACCAGUGGUGUCUGAGGUUUCCUUUUCUUCUGCCACAUCCACUCUUUGCUCUCUUUCAGAAUCUCUUGAGAGCUUUUCUGCUCCCAAAAAUGCUGAGGGGCACACUAACAUCAAUUUAGGUAUCAUUGAUUUUGAAAUGUGUGGUGAAAGAAUAUCCAACAAUGCAUGUGAAUCUUCAUUAUCCCCUGCUGUGUUUCAUGAAAGCUCAGUUAAACCGCAGGGUGAGUUUCAGAGAUUUGAUACAAAACCCGUUGUGGACGAGAGUGAUGAUUCUGAUUCAGAGAUAUUUAGGGUAAAACGCCCUUCUUCUCUGAAAGCAGAGAGGAGAAAUAUGAAUGAUGCUAACAUGUCUUCAAAGCAUACUGAGCAGCAGGGAUUUAAACGAUUGAAGAAAAUCCUUCCUGAAGGAAAGAGCGGGCAAGGGCAACCAAUGGAUUUGAGCAGAAGCAAUGAAUCAAGUUACAAAUACAGUCAUAAGGGUCAUGUUGAAAUAUCCUCGAGGGACAAAUUUGCAAGGGGUAAUGGCAAUCCCAUUUCUGUAAGAUAUAAGAAGUUAAGCAACGAGGAGCAACGGAGAGAUAGGUUGCAGCAGAGUUCUAGGGAAGCGGCUUCCAGUGAGAUUGGGGCAAAGCGCCUUAAGGUCCGAGGCCCUUCAUUUUUAGGUUUAGAGAGCAGAUCGAAUUGAUUUGAUGUUUCAAGUUGGCUGGCUCGAAAUGAUUGUGAAACGCCAUCGAGAGUCUGACUUUGCUAACUUCAUUUAGCUAAUGGGCUUUCUAACAAUACAGUAAUUCCAAAUGAUUGAUUGGGGGAGGAAGCAGCGGCAAGAUAUUAACGUAUUAUUAGGAUAUGAAUAUGAAUUUACAUUCUUUGUGCAGGCCUUACAUUUGGGCACUCUGCACGGGUGGUGGUGAUCCCUUGGGUUCUCGGGCCGAGGUGUUUUUCCAACUUUGGUUGGUGAACCUGACCUGCAAAGUUAGGACUUAGAAAUCGGUUUCCAUGUACAUUUCUUUUCUUUUCACCAGUCGUUUAUAGGUCUUUCUCAGGAACGUGGGUCUUUCCAUUGUUUUCUCAUUUAAUUCUAUCAGCUGCUGCCCCUUUUCAUGUUAAUCCAUUCUUUUUGUAGCAAUAGGUCCUUUGUACCUAGAACUACUUGAAUAAAGUUCAAGGAAAUUUCUCAUUUUCUCUCGAUUUCUUCCUUCACCCAUUA